AUGGAUGGGGCUAUUCGGCAAACUGCUGAGACUGUUUUACCCAGGUCGUCUGGCCGGCCUCCUCCUCUGUUUGUUGUCCGGGCCUCAAAGAGGUUCUGGGCUGUUGGGGAGUUUGCUCUAACUUUGCCUUCCCUCAAGAGGGAGAAAGAAAUUUCUCCGGUGCCCCUGUUAUCUUCUUUUGAUAUAAAUGGAAGUGGCGAGAAAGAUCAGCUUAUUGCUCCCAUCGAUGUGAAGUACCAGUAUUAUGCGAGACUGAGAUCUGCUGCGAUCAGUCAAGCUUCUAGCGAUGCCUACGAAUGGGGAAAAUCUAAGUCCCCUGCUACUGAAGACAAAGAGGCCUCUGGGACAGGAAUGGAGAUCAUCCUCCUAGAUGACCAAGUCUCAGAGGUUUCUGCUCAAGAUGCCCCUGCCUCUGUGAGGACUGGAUCUGAGGGCGUUCUACCAAAGACCGGGGAUAAACGCCCAGCCCCAUCUGAAACAUCUGCUCCAUCUCCAGCUCGGAAGAAAUCCAGGGCUGCCACAGGACCUUCUCCAGCUCUUCCUCCCCUUGGGAAAAAGAAAGGUGUUCCUGCUAUGCCGUCAUUGUCUCCUUCCGACCGCCGGAUUGAGGAGGCGCGUCUGGAAGAGAACUUAUCUGCAACCAGUGACGCAAGGGGUAAUCUGGUAGCUGCUCGAGAGCAAAUCCAGUCCCUCCAAGUGGAGCUGCAUUCGGCGCUAGAGGCCCUUAAAAAGGCUGAUGAGAAGGCGGUUGAGACAGCAGGGCAUACCAAGUCUUUAGAAGCAGAGCUGUCUCAGACUCGCGAGGUUCUCAAAGUGUCUGAUGAGAGGGCAGCUGCCUUGGAGGUUUGCUGCGAAGGGGUUUUAAAGCAGCUGUCUUCUAUGACAGAGGCCCUUAGCGAAAGGGAUGAGGCCAUGAGGCAAAAAGCUGAGGUCCAGCAACAAUAUGGGGCCUUAAAGGCCGAUUUUGAAGAGCUUCAAGCUCAGCUGAAGGAAGUGAAGGCUCAGAAGAAAACAGCCCUAGCUCGGGUGGAGGUCCUUGAGCAGGAGUUGAGCACGAGCUCUGAUUGUAUUAGAGAUCUGGCUUUAUCGGCUGAGGAGUUCAACCUUCGCCACCAGCAACUCAACCAUGAAGUCAAGACCUUAGAGCGCAAGUGUUCAGCCCUGCUUGGGGUAGUGAAGCAUGUUGAAGGUAAGGCUCAACUAGUGCGCGAGCAAUGUAUUGCAGAGUAUCAGGAGUCUGAUGAGCUGAAAAAGAAGAUCAAGCAGGCCUCUGAGGCCUGUGAGGAACAUCUCGAUGAAUAUAAAGCUUCUGGUGAAAUGAAAUCGGCUGUUCUUAAGAAAGCCUUCCAUUGCCGGAGGGACAUAUGCCGGCCUGCUGAGUCUUCUUCGGAAGAGUCCGAGCUAGAGGGGGAGGACGUGGAAGUCCCUGAGUCAGGGAAGGAUGACCCUAACUCUGAGAAGGAGGAUCUCCACCUUGAGUCAGAGAUAGCUCCUGUUGUAAACGUUGAGGGCUCUGAUCCAAGGGAUUCUGAGCUUCCUGCAGAUGUGACUGCAAGUAGAAAUAAUGUAGGCGAGGGUGUUCUUACUGAUAUAAACUGA